GUGGAUGAGAUCGUGAGCGUUGGUUUCCUAUCUAACGGCUGGGAAUAGGUACCCAGUCAAAGCGAUGCUUAGCCGUCGAUUGACGACACGUGUCGGUAAGAGAUCUCCGGUAUGACAGAGGGACGAAACCAAGAGAUUACCUGGAAACGCCGGUGGCCAACAAAAUACCAAACGAGACAACAAAGCUUCUUCUUCUUCUCUCUAUCAGAGAAACUUUUCUGAGAUUGCCUUUCGUCAAUUAUCUUCUUCUUCAAAGGUGUAACUUUUUUCUUUUCUGGGUUUUCGAAGAAUUUCUUCAGAUAAUCUCUGAGCGUUUGUCUUUGGUAAUUUUCUCAAUUUCUGAAUGAUCUACCUGCUUCGAGAUAUCGUUUCUCAUUAGCCCAAGAGCUGAAUUCAUCGGGAUUUAUGAGAAUUUGUGAGCUGGGGUUUUGUUGAAUUAAGCUUCUGGGUGUGAUUCUGGUAAAUUUCUGAAUAGGGUUUAGGUUUAGGUUUCUGGAUCAUCGAUUUUGCGUGAUCUGACUUGAGAAAAGCUCCCACCUUUGAGAAUUUGGUUCUUGACCCUUUUUGGGAGCUUUGCUUAAUUGAAGUUGUUGGGAAUAAUCAAUGAUGAUCUACUGAUUUUGGGAAUUUAUCAAAACCAUUUCUUUUUUUGCUUUUAAAGUUGAUCUUUGAUCUAGUGGGAACAAGACAAAUCGUUGGAAACACACACACAAAGAGUAUUUGUAUGAUUGGUAUGGAUUUUUCACCUUUGAUAACGGUUCUAGAGGGAGAUUUCAACAUGGACAAUGCUUCUUCAACAGAAACUGAUACUUUAGAUGACUCUACUAAGCUAAUGAGUAGUAAAGGAAAACCUCCGAGGCACCUAUCUUCUAUGCAACGUAUCACAACCACUACUACUAGUAGGCUUCAGGUUGCAGUCACUGCGGAUUUGGAUGUUUGUAAGUCACCUGAUGAAAAAUCGGAUUUUUUACCUGUAUACCGAUCAGGAAGCUGUGCUGAGCAAGGGGCAAAACAGUUCAUGGAAGAUGAACAUAUUUGCAUCGAUGAUCUCGUUGACCAUCUUGGUGCAUCUCUUGAUUCCUCAUCUCUUUCAGCCUUCUAUGGGGUAUUCGACGGCCACGGUGGCACAGAUGCAGCACUGUUUGUUAGAAAGAACAUUCUGAGAUUCAUUAUAGAAGACACUUACUUCCCUCUAUGUGUCAAAAAGGCAAUAAAGAAUGCUUUCUUGAAAGCUGAUUACCAAUUUGCAGAUGAUUCUUCUCUUGACAUCUCUUCUGGGACCACUGCUCUUGCAGCUUUGAUUUUUGGAAGGAGGUUGAUCAUUGCAAACGCUGGUGAUUGCCGAGCAGUACUUGGUAGAAGAGGCAGAGCAAUAGAGCUAUCCAAAGACCACAAACCAAACUGCAUCACCGAGAAAACAAGAAUAGAGAACUUAGGUGGAGUUGUCUACGAUGGCUACCUCAACGGGCAACUAUCAGUCUCACGUGCCAUAGGAGACUGGCACAUGAAAGGCCCCAGAGGCUCUGCUUGUCCUCUAACCCCCGAGCCAGAGUUGCAAGAGACAGACCUGAGCGAAGCCGACGAGUUCUUGAUAAUGGGUUGUGACGGUCUGUGGGAUGUGAUGAGCAGCCAGUGCGCGGUGACGAUCGCGAGGAAGGCGCUGAUGAUUCAUAAUGAUCCGGAGAGGUGCUCUAGAGAGCUUGUUAGGGAGGCUCUUAAACGGAACACGUGUGAUAAUUUGACAGUGGUUGUUGUGUGCUUCUCUCCGGAUCCUCCGCAGAGGAUAGAGGUACGAGUGCAGUCACGGGUGAGGCGGAGCAUAUCUGCGGAUGGGUUGAAUCUACUUAAAGGCGUGCUUGAUGGCUACCCUUAGAGUAUGUUCGUUGUUGUUCUAUGUUUACUUUGUGAGGAGGCUAUUGCCAUGUUAGAGAGUGUUACAGGUUGACCAUGUUGUGUAUCUGAAUAUGUUGUUGUUUUACAUAUAUUAGUAUUCAAGAUUCAUUGAGAUUUUAGAUGGAUGUAUGUACUACUAUUUUGUAAAUAUUUUAGUUUUUAAAAAUAUAUAAGACUUUCUUCUUCA